AUGGCAACGAGUCUCCCGCUCACCCCUCUCCAGAAGGAGCAAGGAUUUCGCAACGUCCUCCCGGAAGAAAUGAUCGCAAUUAAAACUAAGCGGGACACCAAAAUUGUCACCAAGGAUGAAGCGGGUGUCGAGAAGCAGAUCACUAUUCCUAAAGAUACCGAGGGAUAUAUGGUGUGCAAAGACAGCAGCAGACAGGGCAACAUCCUCGCCCAGCUCAUCGACUGCAAGCGCAAUCUUUGUCGGGUCUCUAUUCGCGAAGAUGAUGUCGACAAGGGACCCAAACACACCUUCCGAGUUGAACCGCGGCCGCCGCUCGAGGAAGGACAAGACCCCAGACGCGAGUGGCUCCGGUACCAGGUCAUCAAUGGCGACGGACGAAUGAUGUCGGUAUUCCGCACACCUUCGGUGGUCGUCAUGCACAACGGCGUACCCAAAUUCACCAUCAAGAUUCCUGCCGCGUUUGAACCGGAGGCGCUCAGCUGGACCAUGGCCCUUACUUUCGAGCACUCGCCGUCUCCUCCACCUCCCGGUACGCCGAUUGUGGUGUCAGUCCAAGCAAUGAACGAUGGCAAGCCCCAUGAAGUUACUUGGUUCCGAGCACCUCUUCACGGUGGUUGGACCAAUUUUGCCGAGCUCAGCUCCUUCGGUAUCUGCGCUGAGUGGUUUGACAAGCAACUCCAGAAACGGGUUGCGUGUUGGUUCCAGAACAACAAGAUGUUCCCCAGAAAGGGUCGCCUGCUGCCGGCUGCGAACGAUCAGUACCAUCCGCAUCAGAAAGACCUCAGCAUCAACGAUCCUUACGUCAUGGCCUCCAGAGUCAUGCAGUUCGUCCGCAACUACAAAUAUCAGAACCCUCCCAACUUCUUGGCCCCCGAGGUGAACCCUGACGUCAAGGAUGUCGUCUGGGACCACAUGGCCCAGACCAUGAGGCUCAUUCCCAGGCGCACAACUAUCGACCGCGCCGCUCCGAGAAGAGCCACCUUCCUGGAGAACUGGACUUAUAUGGCGGUGAUGUGGCCGGAUUUGCUCUUAGGAGGAAAGCCCGAUGCCAACUACGCCAAGGACUGGGUGUGCGCCGUGUCCCACGCCCUCAACGGAACACGCAUGCCCACCAGUGGAGGCAGUAUCCGAAUCAAGUACAAGCCGAUCACGGCUGCCGAGAUCGAUCCCGCCGAGAUCGUGGGACUGGACAUGACCACCGAGCAAGUCGCCGCCGAAACCUGCCACGUCUGCUGGUCCGCCUAUCGACGACCUUGCGCCUGGGUUGAGAAGCACGCCUUCAGCAAGACGUCCAACCUCGACGGACACAACGCCGUCAACAUCCUUCCGGAUUACCCGGGUCUUGUCCCUUCUCCGUACUUGCCGCCCAGGUCACACGUCGUUGCCGAGACACUUCCAGAGUACAAACCUUACGAGACGAAGGGGGAGCUCGACGACUGGAACGAGGAUUGGGCCGACUUUUUCAAUGACUGCAGAGAUGAGAAUGCUGGUGGGGACUUCGUCGACAUGGACUAG